AUGACUUCAUCCGGAUCUUCGAAGAACCUCGUCAAAGGCCUCACGGCCUAUCUCCAGUCACCCAGUCUGCCGUUGCCCUCAGAAGUCAAUGCUAUCAUCACCAGCUACCUCGAUAAACAUGAGAAGUCUGAAGAGACCUCGGGAGACAAGCUGAAUGAUGAACUGGCCACUAUCUGGGAAAAGAUAGUGUGGGAUCGUCCGGAGCGAUAUGCUGCUUUUCUUGUCAUUUUACGAGAGCUGCGUCCAGUCCUUCGAACACCCUCUCGCAUAUUCAAAUGGUGGGACAAGCUUCUGGAUCCGGUUCUCGAGCAUGUAGCCUCAGAAAGAGGACUGGCCCGAGAGGUACUCGAACAUACCCUUGAUUUGCUCUCGACGGACGAGCACGAUGACCCCGAAGCAUGGAGUUCGGGCCAGAUGCUCCCGCUGGUUAGUCGCCUGCUGGCUCGCUGGCUGGAGAUUGUUCAGUCUGAAUCCAGCUUUGGUCCAGCAGCCGAACUCAAAGAGAGGAUGAUCAAGGAUGCUCUGGUGGCUUUUGGCAAGCGAGACCCCAAGGGCUUCAUGACAGUCUUGAACGACUUCGUGCUCAGAAAAGACGAUCGCAAUGCGACGCUGAGUCUCUUGAUAGAUUUCGUCUCGUGCGGGCCACCACAUCUACAUCAAAUUCUACAAACACCUCUCUUCCAGAGUAUCCUGCAAUCGCUACAGCGCGAUGAGUCUACCAACACUGUUACGAUUGCUCUUCUUUCGCUCAACAUGAUCAUGCCGUUUAUACCCAGCGCUCUUGUCCAAUAUCUCCCAACACUCUUCAACAUCUACGCAAGGCUUCUGUUCUGGGACAGAGACUCGCUGUUUACAAAACAGCAUACCGAGAUGGGCGAGGGGAAAGACGGCCCAUGGGCCACGAUGCCGUGGGAGAAGGUUCUAAUGGACCCAGAUUUUGACGGAAGCACCAUACGUUACCUCAAGAACUAUUUUAACCUGCUCUAUGGCUUGUACCCGAUCAACUUCCUAGACUACAUUAGGAAGCCUCAAAGGUAUCUCCGACAUGCCAACAAUCCUGAGGAUAUCGAUGUUCAGGCGAUGGAAAUCCGAGACAGGUCGGAGCGGUUCAGAAAGAUGCACCUUUUGCAUCCCAACUUUUACAAUCUCACCAUCGAAUCAGAAAAGACGGAUUUGAGUCGCUGGAUCAGGAGCGAAGCCGACGAAGUCCUAGCUGACUGUACGGCGUUGCAAAUUGAGCCAGGUCCGUCGCCCGUCAAUAUCCCAGCUGAUACAUCACUCCCAGGAGUGCCGGCCUCCAUGCUCAGCGAGGGCCAGGAACUAGACAGCCGGGAGUUUGCCCUCUUGAGUAGCCCAGUUGUCGACCCUUUAUCCCAGUCAAUGGCACUUCCGUCGCUGGCGCUUGAUCGACCUGGCUCGCAAUUAAGUCAUUCGACACCUUCUGGAUACAAUACACCAGAACCUAGAAGUCGAGGCGGUGGUGAUAGCCCGACAUUGCCACCGCAACUUGGUCCGUCAGCGUCCCACAGUCGUCUUCAGGAUUUGAUACAUUCCAACAAGGUCAUCAAAUCAGGCCUCCACCAGUCUCUCAACAGCGACAGCGUGCCAUCUUUGAUACUGAGCCCGCAGGAACAAGCGGGAGAAAAAAGUCCGUUCCUGCCCUCAACCACGCACACAUCGCCGCAGGGGGGACAAACCAGCGGGGACUUGGCUGAGCAAGCUGCUAUGCUGCAUCAUGAGCGUCUAAUUCUGCUCAAUGACCUUCAGUAUGAGCGGUUCAUCAAGCACCAGCACAUGAUGCACAUGGGAGAGCUGCGCCGGAAACAAGUCAGGGAGGCAGCGACAGAGGCCGAGACUCAGAACCUCGUAAUGGCUAAUCGUAGUUUGAAACAGCGUUUGGACGAGGCGAAGAGGAGCGAAGCCCAGAACAAAAAGGAGUUCGACAACCGUCGCAAUAUGUCCAAGAAGUGGGAAGACUCUCUGUCUAAUAAACUCAAGGUUCUCCGCGAGGAACAGAAGAAGUGGGUUUUGGAGGAGGCCGAACUCAGACAGCAGCUGGAAAAGGCGCGGGGCGAAAUUGCAAGUCUGCGGCGGAUUGUGGACGAGGCGGAAAAGAAGAGGUUGGAGUCGGAGCAGAACCUAGAGGCCGUUGAUAUCAGCACAGCCAUGAUUGAGAAGCUCAAGGCGGAAAUAUCUCGUCUUUCCGCUACGGAGCACCUGUUCCACGGUAAAGAGGUCAAGAUGCAGCUAGCCGUGCAGGAAGCAGCCGCUGCUGAGGCCAAAGCUGAGCAGCUAUCCAAAGAACUUGCGGCGCGGGAAGAGCAGUUGGAGAAGCAAAGACGUCAUUACCAGACCGAAAUCGAUGGCCUGAAGUCUGAACUGGGUAAAGCACUCCAAAUCAAGCAACAGACAUCGUCCAAAGAGAUUGUGGCGGCGUACGAAGGUGCUCUGGCAGCGGCACGAGCGAAGAACACUGAUCUCCAAAAACAGUAUGGGGCACUCACGAGAAAAUACACAGUACUUAAGGCGUCACUGCUGAACAUGCAGUGCGAACAGACGGAACGGAGCGGGAGACCAAUCGCGACGCCGACGUCGGUGGUGGCUGAUGGUAGGCUCGACCAAGGUUCCGGGAGUCCUGCCAUGGGUCGGCUUCGGUCUCCUCGUGUACUCGCAGAUUCAGAUGGAUUUGAAGGGUCGCAUAACGCCACGCCACCGUUAGAGCCGCUUUCGAGUUCCCUUGGUUCAGUACUUCCCCCUAAUCGCCCAUCGACGCCACCCGGACGACACGAGACGUCAGGAUCGGGCAAGACGAGCCCGCAAACAGAGCGGUACUUCGGGAGAGGCGGCGUCCAAAAUACGAAGAAGGACAAAAAGGAGAAGAAGGAAGAGAAGUCGGAAAAGAAGGAGAAGAAGGUGGGCACUAUUAGAGGUAUCCGCGGCUUUGUGUAA